AUGGGUUUCUUACUAUCCAAUUAUCAACUCACAAUAUGUAUCCUCCUGUAUUCCCUAAUUUUCUGCUCGUCUUCGUCUUCACAUCUUUGCCAUAAUGACGAGAGCACUGCUUUGCUCCAAUUUAAGCAACUCUUUUCCUUCAAUUGCUCUGUUUCUGUUGAUUGCUACAGAGCUUCUGGUUCACAUAAUACUGAUAAUUGGAAAGAGGGUACAGAUUGUUGUGCAUGGGAUGGGGUCACAUGUGAUAACACCACUUCUCAUGUCGUUGGGCUCGACCUCUUUUGUAACUGCCUAUAUGGUACCAUCCAUCCAAACAGCAGCCUCUUCAAUCUUGUUCACCUUCAACACCUCGACCUUUCUUACAACAACUUCAAUCACUCUCAAAUUUUACCUUCAUUUGGCCGUUUCACAAAUUUGACCCAUCUUGACCUCUCUGUCUCCUAUCUUUCUGGCCCAAUACAAGGUAACAGAGAACUCACAGGUAAACUUGCAAGUUUUAUUAAUGGAACUCUCCGGCACCUUAGGCACCUUGGGUCGUUGGAUCUCUCUGAAAUAGAUUUGACCGGAGAGCUACCUAAUUCCAUCGGGCAACUUGUGUACUUGGAGGAGCUACACCUCAGUGACUGUAAUCUCUUCGGUACCAUUCCGACAUCGCUUGGAAACCUCACGCGAUUAAUUUGGCUUGCACUUCGAGGGAAUAAAUUGAUCAAUGGUCAAUUCCCAUCUUCAAUUGGCCAUCUUAAAAACUUGGAGCGGCUACACCUCGGUGACUGCAAUUUCUCUGGUACGAUUCCGAGAUGGCUUACAAACCUCACGCGAUUAACUCUGCUUGAUCUUUCAUACAACAAUUUUGAAGGCCCAAUUCCUCAACUUUUUCCCAACUUCUCGCAACUUUUUUUUAUAGAUUUCUCAAACAAUCAACUAACAGGUCCCAUUCCAUCAUCAAUAACUGGCCUUCCAAAUCUAAUGUAUCUAUAUUUAGGCAGUAACUCAAUCAAUGGGACAAUACCUCCUUCCUUGUUUCAUCUCGUGAACCUUUUCAGUCUUGAUCUUUCGUCAAAUAAUUUAAGUGACACUGUUGAGCUGGACACAUUUGCAAAGCUUGAAUAUUUGAUUUCUUUGGAUCUUUCAAACAGUGGUCUAUCAUUGACCACCACCAACUCCACUCCCUUCUCCUUCCAAAAAAUUUGGAUAUUACAAUUGUCGUCUUGCAACAUAAGUAAAAUUCCUGAAUUUCUAAAAACCCAAAUGGAAUAUUUGCAGACGCUAGACCUUUCAAACAACUACCUAAAUGAAGAACUCAAUCCACUCUGCAAUCUUCAUUCCCUUGUAUAUCUCGAUCUGUCCAAUAACAAAUUGGCCGGAUUAAUUCCUACCUGUUUGGGGAACUUCAAUGGAAAUUUAACCUCGUUAAAUUUGAAAAGAAACAAUUUCCAUGGUAUCCCUCAAACAUUUGGAUAUGCAAGCAUGUUACAGGAACUUGACAUUAGCCACAAUGGAUUGCAAGGGGUGCUUCCAAAAUCAUUGGCGAAUUGCACGAACCUAGAAAUUUUGAAUCUGGGUCAUAAUUUCAUAGAAGAUGCUUUUCCAUUUUGGUUGGGGAAUCUGCCCCAAUUGAAGGUUAUUGUCUUGCGAGAUAAUAAAUUUCACGGUCCCAUAGAGCAACCAAGGAAGAGAUUAGCCUUCACCAAUUUACAUAUCAUUGACAUAUCUCACAAUGACUUUACAGGUACUUUGCCAUCAAAAUACUUUGAGAGCAUGCAUUCAAUGAUGAUGGAUGAUGAAGACAAAUCCUCCUUAAAUUAUAUGGGUGAUGGUUAUGGUAAUUAUUAUUCGAUAACCAUAAUGAGUAAAGGACAGGAAAUGGAACUCGUAAGGGUCAUCACCAUCUUCAAAGCUAUUGAUUUCUCGCACAACAAGUUUGAUGGAAAGAUUCCCAUAUCUAUUGGAAGACUCAAAGCCCUUUGUGUCCUAAAUUUUUCAAGAAAUGGUUUCACAGGUCCGAUUCCAUUGUCCUUGUCGCAUCUAACUGAGCUUGAGUCCUUAGAUCUAUCCCAAAACAACCUCUCUGGUGAGAUACCUCAACAACUAACAAGCUUGACAUUCCUUGAAGUUUUUGAUGUCUCGCAAAAUAAUCUAACUGGGAUUAUUCCACGAGGCCAGCAGUUUGAAACAUUUUCAAACACUUCAUAUGAGGGAAAUCUAGGCUUGUGCGGGUUUCCAUUGUCAAAGAAUUGUGGGAAUGUCCAUAUAAUAGAAUCACCAACUUUACCAUCCUCAUUUAGUCACAAUUUUAAGUUCAAAUUUGAUGGCUUUGGUUGGGAAGCAGUGUUGAUGGGAUAUGGAAGUGGAGUAGUAUUUGGUUUGGUGAUAGGAAGUUGCAUCAUUCGAAGGAAAGAAGAAUGGCUUGCGAGAAGUUUUAGAGUGAAAAUGCGUCAUCAGAAGAACAGAUCGAAUGAGGUUAGGUACCGACAGGGCCGGCUCUGA